AUGAAGCACGGUGAAGGAACCUACAUCCACAGCGACGGGUCCAGGUAUAGCGGCCAGUGGAAGCACGACCUGCAGAACGGCCAGGGGACGGAGGUGUGGUCAGACGGUGCGGCCUAUACAGGUCAGUACUUGAACGGCCGAAAGAACGGUCGGGGCAAGUACACCUGGCCGAAUGGGUCUUUCUUCGAGGGUGACUUCCUAGACAAUGAUAUACAUGGACAAGGCACCUACACAUGGCCCGAUGGCUGUGUCUAUGAAGGUCAAUGGAUCAAGCAGCAGAUGGAAGGCACCGGUGUGUUCAAGUACCCCGAUGGCCGCGUUUACAAAGGCUCCUAUGUGAAGAGCCAAAAGCACGGCGAGGGCACGCUCCAAUGGCCAGAUGGUCGGAAGUAUGAGGGCGACUGGGCUCAAGGAGAGAUGAAUGGCCAAGGGGUCAUGACCGAGGCGGACGGCACCCGGCGUGAGGGGACAUGGAAGCGGGGCCAUCGAGUCAAUCAAUAG